AUGAAUAAAAUUGAAAUAUACAUAAAAUGUGCAAUAUUAAUAAUAAAUAUAUUUUUAAUUGAAAAUAAAAAAAUAUUUAAAAACAAAAGAAAGUAUCUUCCUUUUAUUAAAAAUUCUUACUCAAAAUAUAAAAAUGGUAUUCUAGUCACAACUAAUAGAUGUACAAAGAAUUUUAAGUACUAUUUAUAUAAUGCCAAAAAGAAAGACACUGUUUUAAAUGUAUUUAAAAAUGAAAAUAUUACUGAUAAUGAUUCAUUAAACAAUUUCAAUAAAUUAUUAGAGUGGUCAAUUAAUAAAAAAAAUGAAUACAUCAAUGUAAAAAAUGAUUUUAAUAUAAAUGAUUUAAUCAAUUAUUUUGAAGAUAAGUUAUCAUUACAUAAUAUAAAGUUUAUUCAUGAAAAUAGAAAUAAUUAUGGAUAUUUAAAAAAUAAAAUAAAAGAUUUUAUUAUUGAAAAUAAAUUAGAAGUCAACAAAAAUCUUGAACUUUACUUAAGCAAAGAUAAUAAUGUUGGAAAUACUAAUACAGAUAAUGAAAAAACAAGAAAAAGCGAUGACCAGAUUUUAUGUAUGAAAGCAAAGAAAAAAAUUAGGAAAUCAGAAAUCAUAUGUAGUAUACCUAGUUCAUUUAUAAUUAAUUUUGAUCAUAUAAUAAAUCAAAUUAAAGAAUAUGUAGAUUCUUUUUCUGAAUCUUAUAAUGUUAAUUAUAUAAAAUAUAUAUUUAAAAAUAACUUAGAGGAACAAAUAAAUGAAUUGGAUUCUUUAACAAUUUUAAAAUAUGAUAUUUAUCAAAAGCAUACGAAUUUUCUAACUUUUAUUAAAUCUUCAAAUAUUUAUUUAAAAUAUUGGGAUAUCAAAUUAACAUUGAUAAUCACAUACAUUUAUUUUAUUUCUAAAUAUAUAAAUGUUUUACUUUAUGUUUAUAAUUUUAAUAAUACUAUUUUUCAUAUAAUGAAUAAUAUUUUUAGAGAAAAUACCAACAAUGAUAAAACGACUAUAAAAAAUUUCUUAAAUAAUAAUUUAAGAAAUAGCAUUAAGAAUAAAAGGAAUGACAAAAAUACCAAUAAUAAAUUUUAUGAUAAAAAUAACAUUAAUAUUUAUGAUACAUUAGAAACUAUGGAUUGUUAUUCCUUAAAUUGUAUAAAUGAAAUAAAUAAUAUACUGAUGAAAAAUAUAGAAUUGGAAUUACAAAAUCAUAAAAAUUUUUUCUUCUUUAAAGAUUAUGAAUUUUACAUUAAUUAUAUUGUAAAUAAAAAAGAGUUAAAUUAUCUGCCAUUAAACUUUCCUGAUUCAUCCUUUUUUCUUUUUAAUAACACCAAUAUAAGAAAUAUAAUAUAUUUUAGAAGACAAAUGAUUCAUGAAUUAAUAAAUUUAUAUAAAAAUGAUGAUGAAAAUAAUAAUAAUUUUUUUUUUAUUGACAAACGUUUUAUACAUAAAUUUUUAUUUAGUAAUAAUAAAUAUUACCAUGAAGUUCAAAAUUUUAAAAAUAAUAGCAUCUUUAAAAAUAAUAUUAAUGUUCCAUUAUCAAAAAUAGAAAGUAGUAAUACAAUAGAUGUAAAUAAAUUGUAUCGGUUUAUUUUACUAAAUGAUAAAUAUUCUAAUACUGUUAAACAUAAUAUCAAUAAUGAUCAGAAAAGUGAUGUAAAUAAUGAAAAAUGGAGAAAUUACAAUUUUAAUGAAGAAUCAUUUAAUGAAAAUAAUAACGAUAAGUGCAUAAAUAGAAAUUUUCAAUAUUUUAUUAAUUCAUCUAUUUAUGAUUCAUUUAUAUUUGACUCAUUUGAAGAAUUUUUUAAUUAUAAAUUUUUAACACAUGUAUAUUCAUAUAUUUGUUCUCAUUCUAUAAAAAUAAAAAAUAAAGUAAUUUUUAAUAAGGAAGAAAAAAAAAAAAAAAAAGAAGAGGAAAAUAACAAUCACUGUGUUUUAAAAGAUAGUAUUUUAAAUAGUAAUAUUAUAAUGAAACACAAUAAUAAAAUUUCAGAAAAAUUUUAUAUAAAUGAAUGUUCUAAAUAUAAUUUUAAUGUGUACGAAAAAAAAGAAAAAGAAGAAGAAAAUAAAUAUAUGUGUUUAAUUCCUUUAAUAGAUGUUUGUAAUCAUAACAGUUUCUAUAAUAAUUCUAUCAUAAAGAAAGAUAUAAAAAAAAGAAAAACUUCCUAUGUUUCUGAAGAUACUAAAUAUAAUAUAAAUAAGGGAGAUUUUUCUCAUCCUAAUUCACCUGAUGAAAAAAAUGAUGAUAUGAUUAAACAAAAUGUGAUUAAUGAAGUUGAAAAUGAGAAUAAAACUGUUAAUAUGAGCGAAGCAUAUAAAAUGAAAGAAAAUAUGAAAAACAAUUUAAAGGAUUCAAUAAUAGAAAGUGUAGAAUAUGUUCACUUAAUUAGCACAAAAAAUAUAGAAAUAGAUGAAGAAAUUACUGUUAGUUAUGGAAAUUUAAGUAAUGAUCUUCUACUAUUAGAAUAUGGAUUUAUUGAUAAAAGAAAUAUGAAAGUUUACUUUAAUUUUGAUGUGAAAAUAAUAAGAGAAAUAAUUUUGCAAAUAUUAGGUUUUGAUAAAUUGCCUCUUAUAAUGUUAGAAAGCUUAGAGAAGGUUAAAAUAAAUUUAUUUAAAAAACUAAAUGUUAUACCUAACGAAGAGGAUGUUUAUGAAAGAUUUGAUACUAAUACCAUAGAAAAUGCCAAAAUUACAAGAAAAAAAAGUGAAAUAUUAAAUGAUUACUUAAGAAAAAAUAAAUACUUUAAUGAAUAUAAUAUAUUUAAAAUGAAAGAUCGUAUUAACAAAUUUUUUAUUGAUGAAAAAGUACAAUUUCAUGAUAAGAAAAAUUAUCUCUAUAUAGGUGGUGAAUCAGUUGUUGAUCCGAUUUUGUUAGCUACUAUAAGAAUUAUAAUUUAUGAUGAUAUUGAACAUCUUUCUAAAAUAAAUAUAAAUGAUUUAUUAAAAUGGGAAAAUUACUUAUCAGUGUAUUCUGAAAUGAUUGUACUUCAAGUUUUAAUAAAAUUGUGUGACGAAAUUAUUUAUCAACAAUUUUAUGAUAUUAAUUAUGAAGAAAUAAUAAAAGAAGGAAACAUAAAAUAUUCCAAUUUAAAAUUUUUACAAAAUAAAUUUUUACAAACAAAUUUAUUUAACUCUGAUAAAUCAAUUAAUGCUUUUGAAGGUAAUAAUUUUAAUAUUAUUAUCCACAAUAUUAUGAAAUUAAAAGAAUUACAAAAUGCAAAAGUUAAACUUAACGAAAAGUUUAAUCAAAUGAAAAAUCUUUUAAAGCAUUAA